UUUAUCAACUGCGAGAGACAGGAGGCUUAUGUGGCCUUCAGUUCUGCAAGGCUAGUGUGUAGGAAGUCUGUGAACACGAAGACAAGGGAAGUCAGUCCGGGCACGCACAGCAUUUCCCCAUCCAGGAUGGUGACAAGAGGAAUAACCCAAAUUGUCUGCCUGACUUUUGUUCUGAGUCUAAAGUUGUCGCCCGUUUAUCAACAGUCACUUGCUCAAGCCGGAGCCAAUGUUGGCAGUCUUGGCGGGAUGGUCGGCGGUUUUCUCGGCAGUGUUCUAAGCGGUACGCACGGGAGGAGAAUUAAUGCUGUCAGCUACAGCCUCCCGACCCCCCCUGUGUUGUACGGACCCACCACACCUAACCAAGAGCUGGUCAACGCAGAAAAGGUUCAUAUGGGUUUGAUCAACGGCCCGGCAUCAUUCGCUUUCCAUCAAGGUGAGCUGUUUGCUGGUACCAGAGACAAUAAAGUGUACAACCUGGCAAGAUGUAAACCAAAGCUCGUGGCAGAUCUGUCCUUUCCUGGCUGUGAACAGACAAGCUCAUGCGGUCAGCUGACCAGCUUACGUCGAGACCCGAGCACAGGUGACCUGAUUGCGCUGGACACGGACAAAGGGUUGUUCCGCAUUAAGAAUGACACAGGCACAUUUGAGCAGAUCUACAGUGUUGACGUGCCAGUCAACGGGCGUCCUCCUGUCCAUCUCAAUGAUCUGGUGGUCACCAAGGACGGCAUCAUCAUCAUGUCCGACUCCAGCGAUGCGCACGAGUUUGGAGCGGACGUCUACAUCGGCAUGGAGGGCCGGACCUCGGGAAGACUCAUUUCAUUUGUUCCGUCGACUGGUGUCAUCAGGGAACUUCUGCCUAAUGUGAUGGCGUUUCCAAACGGCCUUGAACUGACACCUGAAGGCAAUUUGCUGGUCGCUGAAACAGGAAGAGUCCGCAUAUUGAGAGUGAGUCUUCAACGUGCCACGUGGCUCCAAGUUUCUGUAUUCGCUCAAAACUUACCAGGCUUACCCGACAACAUCCGGGCAUCCGACCGAGGAACCUACUGGGUAGGGAUGAGCUAUGUGAGGCACUCGAGAUCCCAGAACCCCAUGGAUCGGUACGCAGGCGAUGCUUACUACAGGCAAAUGGGUGCCGCAACCAUGUCUUAUCAGUCGCUACAAAACAUGUUCAGCAAAUAUGGAAUGGCUGUGGAGCUCAACGCUGCUGGAGCAAUCAUUAAGUCACUGCAGGACCCUUCAGGUCAGACCAUCUCCAUGGUGACAGAGGUAAAUGAAUUCGGUGGUGUAAUGAACAUUGGCUCACCUGACACCAACUACCUGGCCAGGAUAGUUAAUCCCCAGAGAGGACUUAAAGCGGACAGUUUCAUAGCUGUUGCAAGAAGUCGAUGCCAGCUAGAUGACUCAAAAGUGGCGGAAGCCAGAAAAACUUUAGAAGCUCAGAUGUCAAAGACAGCAGUAACAGUAACUCCUGCGAAGAAAGUCUAAAGUUCAAGAUAUACAAGAGUUACUGUAUAAGAGAUAAUCUUAUUAAACUAUAUAUAUAUGGUUUAAAAUAAUUUGUUAUAUCAUCAGUUGGCUAAUUUCGAUAUGAUAGUUACUACGUUU